AUGCAUGGCGCCACGUUCCCUGUGUACGAAUGGCAGCGCUUCCUUACGCAUCCGUUUGCAGACUUUUUCAGCCUCCCAUGGGAAGAGUUCGUCCUGGAGCACAACAGGCAUCAUGCGUCCACUGUCGACCUGCUGAUCCAGGGGGAGUUUGGUUGGGACCCCGAGGAGUUCCAUUAUGCCCUGCAGCAGUGGGCAGGGCCAUGGAGCUCCAAUUGGUACAAGUACCUGCUAACUGUGCCGUUCAUUCCCGUGAUCCAUUUCUUUGGCCUGAAUGACACUGGCUCUCUCUUCGCCCUGGAGUGGUGGAUGCACUUCCCAGAUGAGGGCGCGGGCGGCAAGUGCAACAAGGAGUUCUGGACAAAGUGGGUCCCUCGUCGAAUUAAGCACAACGCCUUUGUGCUCUCCCUGUGGGCCUGCGUGUGGCUGCUUGGCACCUACCCGCUGGGGCGCCCCCUCAGCGAGGGUUGGCGAUUCAUGUUCACGGUGUCCUUCUUCGCCCGCAUUGGCUUCUCUUCGGCGUGGAUGUUUAUCACCAACUUCACCCAUAGUGUCGUGGCUGCUCGUGAUCAAGCUUUAAAGAAAGGCUAA